AUGCGCCUACUCGAAAUUGGUGACCGUGGUGAGCUCAGCCUUACCGACGACCUGGCCGCAGACAUUCCACCCUACGCAAUUCUUUCACACACAUGGGGACCGGAUAAGGAGGAGGUGACUGCCAAGGAUCUAAUAGACGGGCUCGGCGCCGGUAAGGAGGGAUACAACAAGAUUCAGUUCUGUGCGGACCGAGCGCGAAAGGAUGGCCUGCGACAUUUCUGGAUCGAUACAUGCUGUAUUGAUAAGACGAAUCUGGUCGAACUCUCAGAAGCUAUCGUGUCAAUGUUUCGAUGGUACACUGAGGCACAAAAGUGCUACGUGUUCCUAUCCGAUGUUUCGGCCUGUAAACGCGACCACACAGGAGAUACUACUCAAAUCUGGGAAUCAGCGUUCCGGAAGAGCAGGUGGUUUACUCGGGGCUGGACGCUGCAAGAACUUCUUGCUCCGGAACAAGUCGAGUUCUAUUCUCGGGAAGGAGUGCCGCUGGGCAACAAAGACACACUUGGGCAGGUCGUCUCCGAAAUGACACGAAUCCCAGAAAUAGCUCUCCGUGGGAAGCCCUUAAAAGACUUUACUCAUGAGGAGCGGAUGCGAUGGGCAUCCGGACGCGAGACUAAAAGGACCGAAGAUAGGGCAUACUGUCUUCUGGGGAUUUUUGAUGUGUCCAUGCCUCCUAUUUACGGCGAAGGAGACAAAGCUUUUGACCGGCUGAAGGACGAAAUCGCGAAAGCCUAUCGGAGGCAACUGGAGGGCAUUGGGCAAGGUCCUGUUCCUUCAAAUUCCAGUAACCUUGUUGUACGCAGUCUUCGAUCAACUUCGAAUUCUAUUGUAGAACCAACAUUGCUCGACCGUCGAAAGAUGAUUCUGGCUUCCCUCGGCUUUGAUCAAAUGGACUCCCGCCGGUCUACUAUCAAACCCGCAUACUCCACAACCUGCCAAUGGCUGUUGAAGCACUCUGCUUACCGGGACUGGAAUGAUCCAGAGCAAAUACACCACCACCGUGGGUUUUUAUGGAUCAAUGGGAAGCCGGGCGCCGGCAAAUCCACGUUGGUGAAAUUCGCUCUGGCCCGUGCUGCCAAGGCAAGACCUGAGAGUGAGAUUCUCCUCUCCUUCUUCUUCAACGCCAGAGGGGACGAGCUGGAGUAUUCGACAGUUGGCAUGUACCGAGCUCUGCUGUUUCAGCUCCUCACAGCAACGGCGGACUUGCAGGAACUGUUGGACGAUUUAGAUGAUAUGGAAGAUCGAGGCGACUCUUCGGUCUGGACCACAGAAAGGCUGUGUGGGCUUCUGUCUGCAGCUGUCACAAGGCUCGGCCACCGACGGCUAAAGUGCUUCAUUGAUGCCCUCGAUGAGUGUGACGAGCAGCAAAUUCAAGAUAUGGUUUUCUUUUUUGAAGAGCUAGGACAAACUGCACUCGACCAUGGAACGCAGCUCUACGUUUGCUUCGUAAGUCGCCAUUAUCCGACGAUCGACAUUCGGAAUGGUGGGCAACUGACAUUGGAAUACGAAGACGGUCAUGCCGAGGACCUUGGAAAGUAUAUCCAAAGCCAUCUCCGAGCUGGAAAGGGCAAAGUCAUUGAGGAAGUCAGAACCCAGAUACGCGAAAAGGCAAAUGGUGUCUUCCUGUGGGCGGUUUUAGUCAUUCCGAUGCUUAACGAAGAAUUCAAGCGCGGCCGCAUAUUUGCAGUCAAGAAAAAACUCCAGGAGAUACCUGCGGAGCUUAGCAAACUCUUCAAAGACAUCUUGAGGAAGGAUUGUGCUAAUAUGGACGAUUUGUUGCUCUGUCUCCAAUGGAUACUGUUUGCACAUCGGCCGCUACGGCGAGAAGAAUUCUACUUUGCCAUGUUGGCCGGCCUCGAUCCUGGAUCUGAGUUUAUGACUGCCUGGAACCCUGAGGAGAUUACCACAGACUACAUGAACCGCUUUGUGUUGAAUUCUUCGAAGGGACUUGCUGAACUUACCAAAUCGAAAAUGCCGACCGUGCAGUUCAUUCACGAAUCAGUACGAGACUUUCUCCUCAAAGACAACGGUCUGUCUGAGUUGUGGCCGGAUUUCGGUAAUGGAACCAACUUCGAGGGAGAAAGCCAACAGCGCCUAACGGGUUGCUGUCUGAACUAUAUCAACAUCGACAUUACUAGCCGCCUUGGUAAUCUGGACUCGCUUCCGAAAGCAGCUACCAAAGAAGCAGCAUACCUGCGCGAAUCUGCGGCCGAAACUUUCCCUUUCCUGGAGUACGCCGUGCAAAAUGUCCUAUGGCACGCCGAUAAGGCGCAAGCCAACGGGGUGGACCAGCGUUAUUUCCUGAGCACGUUCCAGCUUGCCGAAUGGGUUUGCAUUGACAACCUGUUCGAAAGACACGAAGUACGCCGACACACUCCGAGCGUGGCAUUCCUAUAUAUAUUGGCGGAGAACAACUUGUCAAGUCUGAUUGGAAUUCACUCGUCUAAGUCGUCGUGUUUCGAUAUAGAAGACGAACGCUACGGACUACCAAUUCUCGCCGCCCUAGCUACUGGAAGCGAUGAAGCGGUGCGUACAUUACUGGGAGUUGACGCAGGUACCCAGCCCACAAUGUCUCCGUUUCCUAACCUGUACGAACAAUAUUGUCGUCCUGGAAACAAACGAAUCAAUGUCCCACGCACCUUCGCUUUCUCACGAAAGAAAGGCCUCCUCCGUGCCAUAGCAGAGCAUGGCGAUGAUUUACUUCUUGAAUUCCUCUGUUCUUCGACGAAGGUCAACAUCGAGUGGACCGACAACGUUAGUCGGGCGUUAAUUUCAGCGGCGAAGAGAGGGCUCAAAGCGCUGACGAGACUACUACUCGAGAAGGGCGCUGAUAAAGAGUCUAAGGAUAAUGGGGGUCAGACACCACUAUCGUUGGCGGCGAGGCAAGGGCACAAGGAGGUAGUAAGACUACUUCUUGAGACGGGCGCUGAGCGAGAGUCUAAGAAUAAUGGGGGUUGGACACCACUAUUGUUAGCGGCGAGGCAAGGGCACGAGGAGGAUAAUGGGGGUCAGACACCACUAUCGUUGGCGGCGAGGCAAGGGCACAAGGAGGUAGUAAGACUACUUCUUGAGACGGGCGCUGAGCGAGAGUCUAAGAAUAAUGGGGGUUGGACACCACUAUUGUUAGCGGCGAGGCAAGGGCACGAGGAGGUAGUAAGACUACUUCUCGAGACGGGCGCUAAGCGAGAGUCUAAGGAAAAUGGCGGUCAGACACCUCUAUCGUGGGCGGCGGAGAAAGGGCACGAGGAGGUAGUAAGACUACUUCUCGAGACGGGCGCUGAUCUGGAGUCUAAGGAUAAUAGGGGUCGGACACCUCUAUCGUGGGCGGCGAGUCGAGAGCAGGAGGGGGUAGUGAGACUACUUCUCGAGACGGGUGCUGAUCAUGAGUGUACGGAUGAUGAGGGUCUCACGCCGCUGUCGCGGGCAGCUAGGAACGGGCACGAGACAGUGGUCAAGCUGCUCCGUUCUCACCAGGAAAAGGUCGACAGCUUCUUGGGGAUCGCCCACAUGGAUUGA